AUGGGGAAUAUGAAAAUGAGUGUCAUACAAAAGCUCUGUUUUCUACUGGCUCUUGCGUCUUUGGGAGCAGCACAUGUAUACCCAAUUCAUCGCAAGAAUGAUACCGACAUUUCCACAUUAGUUGAACGAGACGUCCAGAGAAUUGGCAGGAGAUUACAAGCAAAUGUAAAGACUGCUUUAUUUGGAUUGGAAGGCAAGGUUUUUCCAAAUGGGAUUUACUACAUUAAAGCUCUAAUUGGUACACCCCCAAAGGAAUAUUAUCUGCAUAUAGACACUGGCAGUGACUUAACGUGGCUUCAGUGUAAUAGCGACACCCGAAGUUGUGCCAAGACACCCCAUCCAUGGUACACUCCAAAGUCGGUGGUAUAUUGCACGCAUCCUCUAUGUGAACCUGUGCGGGAAAUGAGUCAUGGAAAAUAUGAUUGUAUUAUUCCUUCCCAGCCGUGUUAUUAUGAUAUUAGAUAUAUUGAUUAUGCGUCCACGUUGGGAAAACUUGUAAGCGACAUUUUCACAGUAAGACUUAUCAAUGGCACCAUCUUCAAACCUCUUUCUAUAUUUGGGUGUGGAUAUGACCAAUAUGGGUCUUUGAAAGUGCCACAAGCUACAGAUGGUAUUUUGGGUCUGAGUGGCGACAUAACAAGUCUUCCAUCUCAAUGGGCAAAGCAAGGCUACAUCAAGAAUGUCAUAGGCAUCUGUAUUGCUGGAGGAGGGAACGCAGGGGGAUAUAUGUUCUUUGGUGAUGAUCAUGUGCCUACCUUAAUGACCUGGGUUCCUCUGCUUCGCGGGCCAACAAUGAGAUACUACCAUGUGGGACCUGCAGAAAUGAUCUAUGGCGGACAACCUCUUGCAAAGGACGGAGAUGAAAAAAGUCUAGGAGGCAUAAUGUUCGACAGUGGCACCACAUAUACAUACUUCACAGAAAAAUCUUAUGGCGCUCUUGUCCCUGCAGUCGAAGAAAACUUAGCAAAUCAGUUGGUACGAGACUCAUCAGAUACAACCCGGCCACUAUGUUGGCGAGGGAAAGAACCAUUCAGAUCCAUUGCAGAUCCUAGGGUCACAUCAUACUUCAAACCAUUAGUAUUCAACUUCAAAAAUGCAAAUGCAAAGUUCGAAAUAAGUCCAGAGGGUUAUUUGAUAAUCAGUAAGGAAGGCAAUGUCUGCUUAGGGAUACUUAAGGCCAACGGUCUUAAAUCCUUAAAUAUCAUUGGAGACAUAUCUAUGCAGGGUUAUCUCGUGGUUCAUGACAAUGACAACAACCGGAUUGGCUGGACUCGCAAGGAUUGCAUGAACUUUUGGAGUUCUGCAUCUUAUCCUUUUCCUGGUCUGGCCGCCGCCUCCAGGCUUUAGAAGAUCUUGGGAUGGCGUUUGCCCUUCCUACUUUGUUCGCAAGGGGCACAAAUAAUCUCACAAAGAAGAGUCUAUUUAGGAAUAAAUAAGUGCCACGCAGAGUACUUGCCUUUGUUUGCUUUCUUCUAGUUGGUAAUUGAGUU